CUACAGCCACCUCCGGGCGCCGAACUCAACCAACGGAUGACAACAACCUCAACCAAAAAAAACCACCGCAAAGGCGCCACCACCGCUUCACCGACACGGCUCUACCGCUGUACCAAAGUACCAGACCAUCACCAUCUCCAAUCACCGUCGUCACCGCCGCCGUAGUCCGUCCGCUAGGCACCAGUACGCGCGGCAGCGGCUGUCCAUCACUCCAUCUGAUCGCGAACGGAAUAUAAUUUUUUUAUUUUUCCCCGAAAGGACAAUAAUAAUAAUACGCGGCGGCGGUACGUAUACACCAUAGAUUAAAGAAUACACUCUCACACACUUACAAUAAUAAUAUACAUAUAUAGAAGUACAUACAUACCUACACUCUCGCACGAAUAAUAUAUUACGUUCCUUUAUCUCUUCUCCACGUUUUUCUCAUUUUUGUUAUUGUUUGGUUUUUUUUUCCGUUCCCGGACACAGACGGUCGCGUUAAAAAAGUAUAUUAUUAUUAUCAUCUGCAGCUCGUACCACCACCACCACCACCGUAGUAAUAUUGUUGACUGUUGUUACACAUACUCUGACAUACGCCGUAGUCGUGUGCACAUUUCCAAGUGUUCAACGCUUAACGUCGUCAGCGGUCCAUUCGUCGUCGUCGCUGAAGUAUCAUCAUCACUGUCUUUGCCGCCGCCGCCGCAUCACGCGCCAACCGAUACACGACCGCCAGGACAGUAUAAUAUUGCCGCCAUCGUGAUUUGUGUUCACCGUUUACUAUCUCCGUCGCACUGACCACUUCUUCCGGACAACGUGCGCCCUUGUGUAAACGGACCCUUUCGCGAACCUGACAUGGUCCACGACCACGUCGUCCGUCCGGCCUUCCAGGCCGCGGUGCCCCUCGCCUAAUUCAGUCAAUAGAUCGUCGUGAUCCUCGCGACCAGUAGUUGUCGAUGCUCACAAUGGCUUGCCUGAACGUGUUGAAACAGGAGAUCAAAGUGAUCGAGUCGACGUUCCCCAAGAACCAUGACCGGUUCCAAGUGCAUGCGGCCACCGUUGACGAGGUAAUAUGCAAGUUCGUCGGCCCCACUGGGCGACAGUUUGAGAUCAUCGGUAACAUCACGGAGACAUAUCCUGGCACUCCACCCGUCUGGUUUGCUGAUACCGACGACUGUAAGGUGACCAAUGCUAUCGAAAAGCUAGGUCAGACUACUGGACUCAAUAAUCAUGUCAUUAAUCAAGUUGGAAUAUUGAUUAGCGAAUUGUGCCGUACAUAUUGUUUAUCUGAACCGUCCGAGUUACAAAGACUGAUACAAAUGCCCUCCAGUUCCGGGGCAUCAACUUCUACCUCCUGCUCUAGCAAACUUACAGAUGAAGAAGAUGACGAUGAUGAUGACGAAGAAGAAGUUGAAGAAUAUAUUCAACUUGAAAUGGAAGAAUCUACCCCUGAAUCUACCAAAAAACAAGUUGAUGAUAUGGAAAUUCAACACUUGGAAACUUUAGAAAGAUUACGUCAAAAUCAACGUCAGGAUUACUUAAAAGGGGCUGUAACUGGAUCUGUCCAAGCUACUGAUCGUCUUAUGAAAGAGCUUAGAGAUAUAUACAGAUCUGAUAGUUUCAAAAAAGGAAUGUAUAGUGUGGAUCUAGUUUGCGACAGCAUCUAUGAGUGGAAUAUAAAAUUGAUGACAGUUGAUCCAGAUUCUUCUUUAUAUCAUGAUUUGCAAAAGUUAAAGGAGAAAGAAGGAAAAGACUUUGUUCUAUUAAAUAUUACAUUCAAAGAGACAUAUCCCUUUGAGCCACCAUUUGUGCGCGUAGUUCAUCCCAUCAUACAAGGUGGUUAUGUCCUAGUUGGGGGUGCAAUAUGCAUGGAAUUGCUGACCAAACAAGGGUGGAGCUCAGCAUACACUGUUGAAGCGGUGAUUAUGCAAAUUGCAGCUACUUUGGUUAAAGGAAAAGCAAGAAUACAGUUUGGUGUUCCAAAAACAAUGAACCAGGUAUCCCAUGCAACAUAUCCAGUAGGUCAGUACUCUCUAGCCAGAGCACAGCAAUCUUUUAAAUCUCUUGUGCAAAUACAUGAAAAAAAUGGUUGGUUUACCCCUCCUAAAGAAGAUGGUUAAAUAACAGUCGAACACAACCUAAACUUUUCAUUCCUAAAAAAAAACCUAAUAAAGUACAUGUCUCAUAUGUAAAAAAAAAACACGUCUAUCUUGUUUACAGUAUAAUAUUUACGUUACUUUUAUUAUUUUGUUUAGUUUCUUUGUAUAAUUAUAGGAAAUAUAACUUUUAUACUUUUAAAUUUGGUAACCUAAUUCUAUCCAAUUUUUGAAUACUGUUCCGGCUGCCAGCUGGGCUAUUUGACCCGUGACAUUAUUUUACUGACACACGUCAAAUAUAAAUACAUGGGUUAUUAUUAUAUAUUUUUUUUUAAUACUGAUUCUUAAAUUAUUUUAUGAGUUCAGAGUUCAAUUUUUUUUUUGUGUAUUUAUUAAAUUGUGAUUAAUUUUUAUGUUACUAAUUACGGUUUUUUUAAAUAUCAAUAAAUGACACACAUCAAAUGUGUUUAAAGGAA